AUGAAUAUAAAUACGAAGUAUUCAUGUGUUGGAUUCAACGAUUUACCUGAUGAAGUCCUUAUGAUUAUUUUCAAAAACUUGAACAAUUUUGAAGUACUUUAUUCUUUACAAGAUGUUAAUCAACGACUAAAUAAGCUUGUUCAAGAUUCGACUUUUACAAGUCGUUUGACUUUUGUCAAAUGGUGCUCAGAUAAUUUUAUCGAUGUAUUGCGUUGUGAUAUGAUGCUUAAUCGAUUUUGUUUACAAAUUUUACCUAAAAUUCAUGAUAAAAUCAAAUGGCUUGAUCUUGAAUCAUCAUCCAUUAAGAAUGUUUUACGUACUGCCGUUUAUCCUAAUUUAUAUGGUCUUGGCCUUUAUAAUAUUGAUGAAGAGUCAGCUCGAUGUCUUUUUACUGAAGCAAAAGAAAGUCAAUGUCAUAUUUACUCUUAUCCAUCUUUUAUGCCAUAUUACGGCAAUAUUACAAAUAAUUUUCCAGGUGGAUUAUUUAAAUAUGUUCGUGUGGUGUCAUUAUUUGAUGAACAUCCUUUUGAACAUGAAUUUUUUCUUCAAAUUCAAGAAUCAUUUCCAUUUAUGGAACAAUUAUCUAUGGCUAAUUAUAAAUCACAAAAUCACAAACAAUCUUAUGAAUCAAACAAUGAUAAUCGAAAUUUAUCUCUUAUUGAAUAUUCUUUUCUUGGUGAACUUGUUAUUCUCAAUGCUCAUGAUGAUUAUAUAGAACAAUUUCUAUGUAAUACUAAAACGCAUUUACAAAAUAAUGUUCUUCUUCAUAUCAAAUAUGAAUCUUUACAACGAGUAACACAUAAUUUCACAAGAGAAGAUACACGAAUUAACUGUGCCAAAAUAAAUGAACUAAAAUUAUAUCGUAAAACAACAUGUUCAAAUUCUUCUUUACAAGAAUAUUUUCCGUAUGCAAAAAUAUCUUAUCCAGGAAAAUUUUGA